ACAGCCUUCCACAACUCUGAGCCAAGGCUCACUCCCCCUCCUCCUCCUCUGUCACACCCAGCCCAUGUCCCUUAUCCCUGCUCACUUUUAGAUGCCUUCCCUGGAUUUCUUGACAUCUCCACGACCUGGGAGAGAAGAGCUGAAGACAGUCCCUUUUCUAGGGGGCAAGGAACAACAAUGACACACAUAACAAUCAGCUGGAGGCCUUUUUUUCAGUGCAACCAUUACUAGCAACCUGGAUAUAUUCUAUACUAGAGCUACUGGUGCGCUCUAACUUCACGAUAUGUCUGAUCACCAAUGUGCAAGAAUUGGGCUUCUUUGGCUGAUAGUGUUGGGAACACUUGCUAAAGGAAUUGCAGACAGCUCAUGUAACUGCAUUAACCUGAAAAGUUUAUCUGACUGGCCUGCCCUGGAUUCUGAGCCGUGUUGCCUGAACCUCAGCCUUUCUGUGGACACAAUUGACUGGAAUAAUUUUACUACAAUAUCCAGCUUGCGGGUUCUUGACCUAUCUUACUCUGGUAUUAAAAAGAUCACGGAUUUAGAAGAAGGGAGAAAGUUAACAAACAUUGAGAAGCUGUAUAUAGAUCACAACCAUCUCAAAGAGCUACCUGGUGGAUUUUUGAGUAAUGCCCCCAACCUGAGGGUUUUAAAUCUUGGAUAUAAUCAGCUUGGCCAUCUUCCAACAAACUUCUUGCGCGUUUCUAACAACAUAGAGGAGAUAGAUCUCAGCUACAACAACUUAACUUCAAUCUCACCCUUCAUUAUUCGAUCUUCCCUCUCUGAGCUAGGUUUCCAGAAUAACAGCCUGGAAUGUACCUGUGCCCUUUAUGACCUCCUUGAACCAACGUUCCAUGGCAACAAUGUCAGUAGGGUUCUAGAAGAACUGAUUUGUUCCUCUCCAAGAGAUGUUAUUGGAUUACAAAUUAUAAAUGUUCGAAGAAAUAACAUCUGCAGGUCCCACAGCCUAACUGUUGUGAUAAUAUGCAUCCCUCUCAUACUUGUUUUAGGACUCAUGUGUUGGUAUGUGUGCUGUCGUAGACAGAAAGGCAGUUACUCUAAAACAAGGAGAGAAUGUAGUCUGGCUACAGUUGAUCGCAAUGGAGCUGGUAACAUGGGAGAUUAUCACCAUUAUGAGCCUCGCCAGCAAUUCAUUAAGGACAGAAGAGAAAUUGAUGUCAACCAGCUGAAUGAUCCAAUACUAUUAAAGCCCUCUGCUGCAUUACUUGGCAGCAGCAGAGAUCUUUAUGAAGAAGUGGAGAUAAAACUGGGUACCUCUUCAGAACCAUUAGUGGAAGGAGAAGGUCAUAUUAACAGGGACAGUCAUGGAUUAAUGCUGGCUGUUGAGGGGGAAGAUGAUAUAGAUAGAAAAGCAGGAGAUGAACUUGAAGUUGAAACUGUAAGUGUAACAGAAGUUAUGAAGGACUCAACAGAUCGUGAAAAGUUUUAUCUGAACCAGUCUACAGACUACUAUAGCCUUGUUCCAGGAAUUGAGUUGGAAGACUCAGAUCAUUGUGAAUAUGAAAGCGUUGACCUCUCUUAAAGGGACCUUUUAAUAUUACUGAUAUGGGAGCUAGCUCUUGUGACAAUUAGUAAAAAAGUAAAAUGCCUUGAGUUCUAAAAGUACACAAAAAGCAUCUGGCAUUCUGUAUUCCUGCGACUACUACUAGACAGAGGGGAAAUAAUGAAGAUUUUUUUAUUAUUAUCAAAAUGUAAAAGUAUUAUUAUGUAUUUCCAUGAUGUUUGCGAGGAUAUUUAUUUUGGAAUAUUUCUUUAUGGUCAAAGCUAAACAGACCCAAGGGGACAUUUUGCUUAGAUUUAUUUCAAUGUGCAAUUUCACUUCUGUUGUAAGGAAAUCUACCAGGAGAAGCUCCGUUUAAGCAAAGAUGCCCAAAAGUUCUUAACUGUAAGGGUUUCUUUAGCAGCAGGUUAUGAUGUAAGAAAAAGCAAAUGUUUUAACAAAAGAACCUAUACUUGGAAAUGCCUUAUAUACUUAUGACAUUAUAAGCACAAAUUAAGCAAAGAUUACACUUCAAAAGAAGCUACCAGCUAUCCCUUGAGCCACAAUCUGCAUUACAAUAAAUGAUAAAGUGCACAUACCACACAAAGAUAUGGAAGCAUAUUUUGAACUGGAUAAGAUAUAAGUUAAAAAUGAUAGUUAAAUAUAGCGGUGAUUGUGUGUCACAUGCAACACAGCAAACAUUUCAUUGGGAAGAUGAUAUGACCAUACAUAUGCUCCAAAUAAUUUAAGGACCAAUAUCAAUAGGAAAUGAGAAAACACUCAAUGCAGUUACACAACAUUCGUUUCCUUUGCACUUUCAAAAAUUUACACCGUAUCAAGAAAGAAUGACAUUUGUAGCCAUUAAACCAUUUAAGUAGAUUGCAAAAUGUACAACACUGGUUUAAACUAUCACCCUGCUAACCCCUUAAAUUAUAAUUUAUGGUUUAGUGGCAACAUGCAACUUUACAUUAUCAAAGGGCUUUGAAACGGAAAGGAAAAAUAUUUUCCAUAUUCAAUUUGUCCUUUUUUUUUUAUUUCUGAAUCAACCACAGGUAGGGGUAUUUUUGAUUGUAAGUUUGUACCUAUAUCUCUGUUUCUUUUCAGCAGUGCUAGAUGCACUAAUAAACAGAGGAGAAUGUUUUGUUA